AUGGUCAUGGAUGAUGCUUUGAAUGGAUUCUCUCCUAUUUCAACUCCUAGGAUUUCCUGGAAAUCUAGAAGAAGAUCAGCAGCUAGCGGGAGGGAUUUAGAGGUAUCAUCGGAAGACAAUGCUACAACACCGCCUGGCAAGCCAGAAGAUCCAUCUCCUAAUGUGGAGAUGCUUGACACAACUGAAGUUUCUGAGCUUUCUGAACGUCGAAAGGCCUUGUUUGAACCAUUAGAACCUAUAAAGAACAUCAAUGGCCGACGACCCUCGGCUGAGUCUUUGCUUCCUCCCCCUGACUUUGAGUCCGCAAACUAUCCAAAGGGGUGGCUGAUUGGGAAGAAACGAAAGCUUGUCAAUGUUGACGUUGUUGAAAAGAUGCGCAGAAUAGCCGUCCAAGAAAUGAACAGAAAGGACAGGGAAAUAGAUGGACUAAACGAACAACUGGAGGAGGAUUCGCGGUGUCUGGAGCAUUUGCAAGUGCAACUUGUGGACGAACGAAGCAAACGCUCACGACUCGAAAGAGAAAACAACAUGCUUCAGGAACAAGUGAACAUGCUUAUGAACAUGAUACAAGAAACUGAGCAAAUGGCAGAUGAAGGCCAAGAAAUGGGAGGUGAAGGCCAAGAUGAACCUUGA